AGCAUUUUGGCACAAACCCCACUGCAAAACACAUCCACGUCAUUGUCUACCCCCCACCGCCCGCCACCACUGGUGAUUGUCUCCAAUGCUUUACCUCUCGAACAAAGUUACCUUUUUUUUUCGUCGAUGAACACCCCUUCUAACGAACUUAAAACUGAAAUUAAGAAUAAAGUUAUAGAGACCUUCCCACAUAUGAAUGUUUUAUCAAUUGGCCAGCUUGUUGACGCGCUCGCCUUGAUUUGGCACGUUGAGACAAUGGAAAGUGACUCUCCAGGUCCACAAGAUGACCCAUAUUUUAAUCUGAAGACGGAACCCUCUUUUUUCAAAACAAAUUUGCCCCGUAAUAUAACCAAACAAACUUCUACAACCGUUGAUCUGUGUCUUCCUUCUUACAGUAAAUCUGGAACGAAUUAUCACAAUCCCUUUUAUGAUGAUCCACAAUUCAAAGAAACAGUUUCUCUUGUGCUAAAAAAGAUUGAAGAUAUAUCGAAAGACAUAAUCGUUCUCGCCGGGGUUUCAGGAGGUGGAAAAACAUCGACAGCAUUUGGAAUUGCGGUGGAACGUUGGUCAAUCUAUAUUGAUUUUUCUCCUCUUUUAGGGUAUUAUGGCGUCCAUUUGACAUCAGAGCUUCAACAAAUCAGAGGUGUAAAACCUCAGUUUGAACGUAUUGAUCAACAAAACGAAGCAUUUCACUUGCUGGACGUAGCAGUAGUCUCACGCGGACUUUUACUUAUAAAGAUGAUGGUUGAGAAAAAAAUUUCAACACCAAAGGAAUGGCUGUUGGCACAGCUUCAAAUGGAUGAUUCUGAAAUCCGAAAUAUCUUGGGCUUUGAAAAAUAUAAUACUCUUUCUAUUACUACACUUAUCACAAAGAUUAAUUCUUGUCUCAAAGUUGGUCAUCUAGUCUUAAUAUGUGAUGAGGCGCAAAUCUUAUGUAGAAACGAAUUUGGAAAAUAUCAAGGGAGUUUACAUGACAAUGAAUGGAAUCUUUUGCAAGGUUAUGUAGCACAUCUUCUCCAACAUCCCAUUAAAAGCCUUCUUGCCGGCACAUACAUGCAUAUGGCGAGUGGGAUUUCUCUCUUAACUUCUGUUGGAAAAGUUCCAAAUUUGCAUGUUCAUAUUGUCUUAAAGCUCCCCUUUCUUUCACAUGAUGAUGUCUUGCGGAACCUUGAUGCCGUAAUUGACCUGACGCAUGUUACGCCCGAAAUUCUUAACUUCUUGGGAUAUAUUCUCAGGGGGCGACCUCGAAACUGUGCAUUUUUUGUUCGGAUGUUAAUAUCAACGCAGAGAUCGAAUGGUAAAACGAAAGAUUUAGUGUUACGAGAAGUUAUUCAGUUGUGGUAUGACGACAUUUUCUCUGGCAUGGAAAAAUAUUUGAAGAACGCGUGUGAAUAUUUUGGUACGGAUAAUCUCAAUCCAGAGAAAGCGAUUAUGGAUGUUCUUAGACUUCGUGUUUUUUAUAAUCAUAAAUACAAGGAAGCUAUAGAACUUCUCCAGCACAGCAUAAUUCCUUGUCAGUCACCAGAAUGCAUUAUUCUCGGCCCUGAUGAUAGAACUCUUAAUGAAAUCGAAAUAAACCCAUCGUUUGAAUCUUACCUUGUCGACAGCAUUGUACUAUUCCUUGAAAAAAGACGAAAGAAAAAAAUGGUAGAUGUCUUUGUUGAUAACAUUAUCACGCUCAAUAAUAUUCCAUCAAUCGGCAAUGAAUUUGAUGCGGUCUUUGUUACGGCAAUCAUUCAGAAACGUGGGUUUAAUGUACAAGAAGAACUUAAUAGAUGGAAAAAUGGACAACAAUUUGACCUUCCUUCAUGGAUCACUUCCACGAUGAAGUUUAUUACAACUUCAAAUCUAUCAGGAAGCGUUCCUAUAGCCAAAUAUGUUAAUGAUAUGACCUAUUGCUCUUAUGCAAUUCAACCAGACAUAUACUCAGGAUCAGACAUGGUGGUUUCUCUCAUGGAUGAUGAGCAAAAUGUAGUGCUAUUAUCGGCAAGCUGUACGAUUUCUGUGGAGCUUCCACAUAGAAAAAGCGAAAGGCCAGAGUUAUUUCGGUUCAAUGAAUAUGGUGACCUCGUGAUUAUUGUUGACGAUCGUAAUAUGAAAUAUGUUUUUGGAUCAGCCAUUGAGGCGCUAGUGGAAAGAAUUAGCUAUAAAGAAAAUCAAGAAAAUUCAAUGGAUGAAACAGAGUAG